GCUCUUCUCUAAGAAAACAGAGCAUCGUGCUCAUUGGCUUUCUUUCAUUUUCAUUCGAACGAUAUUCCAAUCUAAUCAGUAUUAUAAAUUGAUAGUUCAUACAUGAGGAAUAUUGUUCUAAUCAACUUAGUUACGUAAAACACGCGUUUAGAGGAUGAUGGAACAUGUAGCAGAAAGCUGAGCAGGGAGGGGGUGACGUGCAGGGCGAGGAGAGAGGGAAGGGGGCAGGUGUCCAACAGCCACCGCUCUGUCCCGAAGGCUGCUUUACGAAUUAGAAUUGCUUUAUUUUUUAUUUUUGCAAUAACCCUGCGUUUCGUUUUCGUGGAAAUUAUAAAAAAAAAAAAGUGAAAAUAUCAUCUGCAAAGAGUCAAAGUCUCGAACUCCUGACGGUGUCGUGUCAUUCGAAGACGGACGCACACAACAGUACAGACCCACUAUCAAUCAAACGCCUAUAUUUCAGGAUUGCUGAACUGGGUGAUCAAAAACUGGUUCGAUUCGUUGAUAUUUGAUCUGGUUUUUUGUUUUUUGAUUGGAUUGGUUGGUUUUUCCUGAGAUUUUGUGAAAAGGGUUGCAAUUGGUUUUUAUUUUUGAGUGGAAAAAUGAGUGGAGCUGUUCUUGUUGCCGUUGCUGCUGCAAUUGGUAACCUGUUGCAGGGAUGGGACAACGCUACUAUCGCAGGUUCUGUUUUGUACAUAAAGAGGGAAUUCAACUUGGAAAGCGAACCAGCUAUGGAAGGGCUGAUCGUGGCCAUGUCGCUUAUAGGGGCAACUGUGGUUACAUUUUGUUCUGGAGCUGUAGCAGACUGGCUAGGCCGCCGUCCUACGCUGAUAGUCUCUUCUGUCCUUUACUUUCUUAGUGGUCUUGUAAUGCUGUGGUCUCCCAAUGUUUAUAUCCUUCUCUUGGCACGGCUUUUAGAUGGAUUUGGAAUCGGUUUGGCGGUUACCUUGGUUCCGCUUUAUAUAUCUGAGACAGCCCCGCCUGAAAUAAGGGGAUCGUUGAAUACCCUUCCGCAGUUUCUUGGCUCGGGUGGGAUGUUCUUGUCAUAUUGCAUGGUUUUUGGGAUGUCGUUGACAGAGUCCGCAAGUUGGAGGUUGAUGCUUGGGAUUCUCUCUUUUCCUUCUCUUGUUUAUUUUAUAUUGACUGUGUUCUUCUUGCCCGAGUCUCCACGAUGGCUUGUGAGUAAGGGACGGAUGCUUGAGGCUAAGCAAGUUUUGCUGAGGCUACGUGGCAGAGAAGAUGUCGCUGGUGAGAUGGCUUUACUUGUUGAGGGUCUUGGAGUUGGGGGUGAAACGUAUUUUGAGGAGUACAUAAUUGGCCCAGCAGACGACUCCGCUGAUGACCACGAUUUAUCUCCUGAAAAGGAUGAAAUCAGAUUGUAUGGGCCUGAACAAGGACAAUCCUGGGUUGCCAAACCUGUCACCAGGCAAAGCACUCUUGGACUUGUGUCUCGACAUGCAAGCAUGGUAAAUCAAAGUGGGCUUGUUGAUCCUCUGGUCUCGCUCUUUGGCAGUAUACAUGAGAAGCUCCCCGACACAGGAAGCAAGGGAAGUAUGCUUUUUCCGCACUUUGGCAGCAUGUUCAGCGUGGGAGGGAAUCAGCCUAGACAUGAAGAGUGGGACGAGGAGAGUGUUGCCAGAGAAGGAGAGGGUUAUGCAUCUGAUGCAGCCGGUGGUGAUUCUGAUGACAAUUUGCACAGUCCAUUGAUCUCGCGUCAGACAACAAGCAUUGAAAAGAACGUGGGCCCACCUCCCCAGGGAAGCCUUGCUGGCAUGAGAAACGGCAGUCUCACUGGUGGAGAGGGAGCUAGUAGCACCGAUAUUGGUGGCGGUUGGCAGCUGGCGUGGAAAUGGUCUGAGAGAGAAGGCCAAGAUGGACACAAGGAAGGAGGGUUUAAAAGAAUUUAUUUGCACCAGGAGGGUGUCCCUGCAUCUCGCCAUGGAUCUAUUGUUUCGAUACCUGGUGGCGAUGUACCGAAUGACAGUGAGUUCAUCCAGGCUGCUGCUUUGGUGAGCAAAUCGGCUCUGUACUCACGUGAACUUAUGAAUCAGCAUCCAGUUGGACCGGCAAUGGUUAACCCAGCUGCAACUUCUGCAAAAGGGCCAAGUUGGAGUGAUCUUUUUGAACCCGGAGUGAAGCAUGCCUUGGCUGUUGGGGUGGGAAUGCAGAUACUUCAGCAGUUUUCCGGUAUAAGUGGGGUUCUCUACUACACGCCUCAAAUUCUUGAGCAGGCGGGCGUUGGCAUCCUUCUUUCGAACUUGGGCAUUAGUUCAGCUUCUUCGUCUCUGCUUAUCAGUGCAGUGACAACCUUGCUGAUGCUUCCUAGUAUAGCAAUUGCCAUGAGGCUCAUGGAUAUAGCUGGCAGAAGGAGCUUGCUGCUCGGCACAAUCCCUGUCUUGAUAGUGUCUCUUGUCAUCCUAGUCCUCGGAAGCCUUGUGAAUAUGGGCAGUGUUGUAAAUGCAUCAGUUUCGACUGUCAGCGUUGUGCUCUACUUCUGUUUCUUUGUUAUGGGGUUUGGUCCAAUCCCCAACAUACUCUGUGCAGAAAUCUUCCCCACCAGAGUUCGAGGCCUCUGCAUUGCCAUCUGCGCCCUCACGUUUUGGAUUGGCGACAUCAUUGUCACCUACUCACUUCCAGUGAUGCUCAAAUCUGUUGGCCUUGCUGGUGUCUUUGGCAUGUAUGCAGUUGUGUCCGUCAUAGCGUUUAUCUUCAUUUUCUUGAAAGUUCCGGAGACCAAAGGUAUGCCCCUUGAAGUGAUUACCGAGUUUUUCUCUGUUGGUGCGAAGCAGGCUUCAGCUGCCAAGAACAAUUAACUUGAUCCAUGUUGGGUUAAAAGUUUUGACGGCUGUUUUAUCUUGCUACUUUUGCGUCGAAUCUACAUUUUCUUUACUUGUUUCGGAAUUGGUACGGUUGAUCCUUGUAGAAAGGAUCAUUGUAUAAUUAUCCCUCAUUUGUUAUACUAGAUAAAAAUGAUAGGAGUUGUGUUUACAAUUUGUUCCGAACGAAAAUUGUGCUUUAACCUUCAUAUGAAAGGUGAUUGCUUUACUAUUUUACUUGUCGAAAUUUUACGUGUGCUUCGAAUUGAAUGAAAAUUGUGCUUUUCUA